AGGUCAUUUCACAGGUCCAAUGGCAGCCAUGGUGAAGUCUGAGAGCGAUAUUUAUCCAGAAACGAAACACUGUCACUCAUUCUCCUUCAGUUUCCAAACUCAUAAAAUAACCAAAGAGGAAAUCACCUGCACCAAACCUGGAACAAUAUUGAGAGCACUUGAAACUAAUGACACAUUCAAGGGGUUAAACCAAAUGGACAAGAAGACACUGAAAGGGAAAGACAUUGUCAUCAAGAGUUGUAAGGGGUACAUAGUGAAGCACUUUCCAUGUUGGCUGAUCGAAGAGGAUGACCUUCUCACUAUUGAGAUGGUCACACAUGCCACAGAUGAAACUGCAGGGGACACGGAUGAGGAAACAGACAAUUAUGUCACUUUCUCUGUUGAGACAAGAGCAGGGAAAAACAGCAAAUCAAAAACAAUACUUAGAAACAUACAACUUGAGUCCUACGGACCUCUAUGUGUCUAUGCAAAACAGAAGGAGGAAGUGAAGCAGGCUCUACGAAAUGAUGGACGCUUCUCUGACAUUGUGUUUGAACAGAAAUGUCAGCUCUCUGAGCGAAUCAAAGGAAGCAAGGUUUCAAUGGGGCAAAUAGCAAAAAAACUUAACGGUCGAGACUUUGAAAUCUGUCUGACAAAAUUUAAGAAAACGGCAACUAAGAUGGAAACAUCUGACUCCAGAAUAAAAACAAAAAACGUAAACUCUGAAGGAGACGCCACACAAACAUCUCUGUUCGACCCAAGCCCUGACUCUGAAGGAGACGGCACACAGACGUCUCCAUCGACGCUAACAACUAAAACAUCAGAUGUAGGGGAGUCCUCUUCGAGAAGAAAGCAGAAACGGAAAUGCAAUCCCAUUCCAGACCAUGGUGAAAUAGUGAAGAUCCUUCGCAACCAGUUUGAUGAUCUGGUGAAGCAGAUGGAAAGUAGGAGGGAGGACAGACAAAAGAAGACAUUUCCUGAAGAGUUGGAACUCAUGAAGCAGGAAUUCGGGAAAAUCAGACAAAAGUUCUCAGAGGCUCAGAGUUCACAGAGUGGAAGAAAUUGA